UCACCACACCACGAUUUUGUUAUUUUUUUGUGUCGUUCCCGUUGUCGUUCUUCGUUCUUCGUUGUCCCUCGCGCUCGCGGCCUCGCCUCGCCUCGGACGUCAGCAGACGGACUUCGUUUCGUCCUCUUUUGCCGAGUGCUCGCCCACACUGCUUGUCGUACGUUUUUAUUUACAUACUCCCUAAAUUUCUUUUAUCUUGAGUGUGACUAUUAUAAAAUGCCAAUAGUUAAAAAAAGACUUCUCUUAGGUUAAAUGGCUUAAAACGCAAUGUUUACACAGAAACCUUAGCUAUGUGGCAAGUAAGUUAGUAAGAAAGCCGUGGCAGCGUUGCCAUGGCGAUAAUUUGGUUUUGCUAUUGUAAUGUAUUAACCACGUAUUAACUUAAUUCCAAUUCGUGACGCGCGUCUUAAUAAAGUUCCUUACCUAAGAAAUGUGUUACCAACGUUUUUAGAAUCCAAAUUCCAGAAGAAUACAUUAUCGGGACAAUGCAGUGCGAACUGAGAGCUAUGAGUGAAACUAAUAAUAAUUCAAGAUCUAGAUCUACCAGAACUUCUGACACCUUGCCUAAACCAGGGCGUGUGACUGAAGUAUGCAAGGAAUGGAUUGUUCAUGAAGAUGGAGCUCUUGCAUACAAACUGCAAAAGGAAGAAGUGGAACAGCACUAUACUGGCAACAAGUCACGCAAUGCCAUCGUCCGUGAAGACUUCCCUCGAGCCAAGGUGGAGCAGCAAAGAGAGGAAGAAGAAGCACUGGCCAAGUACCAACAGAUGAUCAUGGAACAAGAGGAGCGAGAUUCAAUGGUUGCCAGACAGCUGGCGCAGAAGAUAGAACAAGAGGAGGAGGAGCGUCGGCGCAGAACUGAGUUGUACGACAAGCAUGUCGCCAGGAAAAUACAGGAAAGAGAGCUAAGGAAGCAGAGCCCUGUGCCUGUUGGUGAUGUCAACAGUGUAGGAUUGCCUGAUGUCUCUGAUAUAUCAGUUCACAAACAGUUCAGACACCUGAGUGUGAGAGAGAGAGAAGAUUGGCCACCCCCUCCCCCACCUCCCCACCACCUGGAUGAGGGCGAGGUUGAUGAGGAAGACGAAGAGCGACAGAGGAGAAUACAAGAGCUGCAGGAUGAGGAGUUGGCACGUCGUCUGCAGCAGGAGGAGAGGCUGGGAGGGGAAGGUCUUGAUCAGCUGGACAGAGACAGACUGUUGGCUAUCGAGGCUCAGGACAAGGAGUUGGCCAGACUGUUACAGGAGAGGGAGAAAGCUAAGGCUCGUCGAGCAAGAGAGCGAGCGAGACAGAGAGCAUUGCUGAAGAAGCAACAACAGGAGUGUCAGCAACAGGAGUAUCAGCAGCAAGACUGUCAGCAACAGGAUUGUGCGGCAUCUCCACAAGACUCAAGUCCUCGAAACCGCCACAGGUAUCCAGACCCAGAGGCUAUAGAGGUGCUGAGUCCGUGUGUGUCGCCGCUGCCUAACAUUGCCAUGGCCAUCGACCCCACCUACUCACCUCACUCUUCGCCUUCUCACUCCCACCAGGGACAACCACAGCAGCCACAGGAGUUUGAAGAUUUGGAUGAAGGUCCAGUCCCGCCUUACAUGCCGAUCCAGGGUCAGCGACGGACAUCUUCCCUGGAGAAGAAACCGAAGAAGAAACAGGCCAAAGAUGGCUGCAAGCAGCAGUGAGUCCAAGUACUUGCAUUAGCCUACUUAGUUGUGACGAGUGCCUAAUCAGAUGGUGCUGAUCUACAAUCACUCUUUGUAAACUAAGAAACACCAAUAGUGUCCAACAUUAAAUUGCAUGCUAACUACUUACUACUUGUAAAAGAUUUUAACGUAAAAAUUUAUUAGAAUUGUUAAAAUUGUUGUUGAGGUUUUGGAAAGCAUUUACAUUGUAAUCUAGUCAAAAUUAGUCGUCGAUAGCUAUAUCCAAAUCAUAUAACACUCAGUUAAACUGGUUUUCUGAGUGUACAAAUUGUCUGUAUUAGUGUUCUUGGUUUCUCAUUGUGGUUUAUGUAAAUUUAUUUGGUGGUUUGUUAACUAACGCACACAGUGUCUUUCGGUGUUAUUUUUCUUUGUACACUUCAAAAAUAUUCUUUUAUAUGUUUUGUGGUUUUCAAAGUGCUAAAUACUUGUCUUACUGGGUUAAUGAUUCCACAUUUUAAUCUGAGGGGGAUUUUGUCCUCUUUUCUACUUUCUUAGUUACAUUUUUUUUACACCCAUGUAAAGGAAGACAAUUCAUUAAGGUAUUGCUCACUAUUGUUUAUUGUUUUUUUAUAUAUUUAUACCCAAGAUAUUUCUGUAUCUGAGCUGCAAGAUUUGUGCCUAAAAAGGUUACAAUUCAAUUUGUUUUCAUAAAAUGUUAUGAAUCUAAGCGCAUUAUUCAAUCUUAAAAUCAAUCCUCAUGCAUUUCCACCAUAAAAAAACAUGAAACUUAGAAUACUAUUAGAAUUUAUUUUCAAACCACUUUAUUUUCAAAUGUAACUUCAAUCAAAUAUCUUGUUAUUGAUCUGUUCAAAACUUAAAAACACAGGUUAAAAACACUGACAUUUUUGUGUAAACAAACUUGUAUUUGUAACAAGUUUGUGUGAGACAGACUUGUAGUCGCACGUCAGUAUUAUAAACUAUAGUACAACAUGCACAUGUAGUAUUGUAUUUUAAAAUAUGAGUACAACAGAUAAUUUGUGUACACUUCUAUAUAUUUACAACCUUUUCAUUCCAGUUAAAAGUUAUUAAGAAUUAUGUUAACAAGCUUAAUCCUUUACUUAUAAUUACUUAAUUACAUAACCGUCCAACAUAAGCAUUUAUGACUAUUGUCUUUCUCUAUUGUUAUUUAUUAUAGUGAUUUUGCGACAAUUUUAUUCGUUUGAUGGCUUUUUGUAAUUACACUGCCUGAACAUGCCAAGUAGUGACAUAUAGUUUUAUAUGAAUAUUUUGUUUUGUUGAUAUAUUUAUAUUAUGUACUUAUAUAGAAAAAGGUAUAUAUAUGUAUUAAAAAUAUAAAACCAAUAUUUACCUACA